UCGAAACAAUACGUAGACGUAAGUGAGCACAAUUUUAAAUAGGAAAAAAUCGUAAAAUAAACGCUAGUAAACUAGUUUUAAAUUAAUGAAAACUAAAUAGACGUGUAGUGGAAACGUGUAGUCAUUGAAAUCGAUAGAAAUUUCAUUCAAAAUAACGACGCAAAGUUGAUAAAUUUUGUAAAGCAAAAACGAAACUAAAUUUCUACACCAAGUACAUAGCUACAUACAUACAUCCAAACAUACAUACAUACAUACAUAGUCAGCAAUAAAAGUGAGCUACCCAUAAAGCGAACACCGAACGAAAGAACACCGCAGAACCGGCAAAUCUGCACAUACGAACAUAUGUCAGAAGUUGAACGCCAGCAGUACAAGCAAAGGCGGAAACAGAAAAGGCACAACACACAUUUCCAAUUCCAGUUCCAGUUCGAGUCCGAGCCCGAGUUCGAGUUCGAGGACGUGUCCGAGCAGCAUCGCGAAACUGGACAGAGGAACACUGGACGUGUACAGCGGCUGCAUGUGUGUGUAAGGGGGGGCGGGGUGCGCAACGAGCAAAUCGACCAACUGUAAGCGAAACUCAAAGCUGCCAAUGAAGCCACAAAUGCCGCAAAUGAAAUGCAGUUUUUGUGCUGACUGACUUAGCUACCUACUAACAACGAGUACUGUAGUAGAUUGAGGCCAACGAGGGUUUUUUUCGGGUAUUUUUGCGUGUUUUUUUUUGGUAAAACGGAAUAUAGACCCACUUGGUAUUUAUGAACGUAAAAUUUGUGGAGUGGCUGGCAUGCACCGUUAGGUUUCGGAAAAAAAGCAAGUGAAUGCUGCUGAAUUUUCUGCUACAAAGUGAACCAGAGUGUGGUCUCAUCAAUGGAUGAAGACAGAAGUGAGCAGGAGGCUAACCAAAAACGACGAGUGGGUGUUUAAUAUCAUUUAUUACAUACACAUACAUACAGAGCUGUGUGCGCGCGCGCGCGUGUGUGUGUGUGUGUUGAGUGAUCGGUGACCAGUGCGAAUAACGAAAAAAUAACGCCUAAAAGCACACUGCAGAUUUGUAAUGCGUCGUACAUGUAUGUGUUGGUGAUAUAGGAAAAGAAAGGACUUUAAGCAAAGAAAGCAGCAGCAACGAAACGGCGGACCAGCGCGGCAAAGCGUUGACGUUGAGUCAAAGCCAGUAAAAUUACACAGAAGCAGUAAAAGGAGGAAAACGAAAGAAAAAGUAGCAAGGGAUUGCAGAAAAGAAGAAAAAAGAUUAAGAAAGCAGCAGCAGCAGCAACUACGAAAAAAGCCAGUAAGGAACAGAAAGCUAACAGCGAAGUCAGUGCGAGUCAGCGCGCAUAGUUUUUGUGGAUAUCAGCGUAAAAAAAGUGAACUCCUUUUGCGUUAGCAGCGAACUAGGACGCCAACAAAGACGAGGACGAGGACGACAACGGCGAGUAUAAUGGUGGCAAAGAGCAAAAGCACGAGAACACAAUGAGCUGCGGUUUCAUAAAAAGCUCCUUAAUAAAAUACACAUAACACAUUACAAUUGAAACGGUAUGGUGAAAAUGGAAUCCACAGAAGAACAGGAUCGAAAGUUAGUACUGGAGUUUUGUCAUUUGCUCGAAAAAUCAAAGCAACUGUUUAAUGGCCUCAGAGACCUGCCACAAUAUGGACAUAGACAGUGGCAGGCGUAUUUCGGGCGUACAUUUGACGUGUAUACGAAAUUAUGGAAAUUCCAACAACAGCAUCGCAUGGUAUUGGACUCGAAAUACGGACUGAAGCGUUGGCAAAUUGGCGAAAUUGCAAGCAAAAUUGGACAGCUUUAUUAUCAUUACUACUUAAGAACCAGCGAAACGAACUACCUGAAUGAAGCUUAUCAAUUUUAUGCAGCGAUUAGAGGUAGAGCAUAUUAUUCGCGUGCGAUCAAGGAGGAUCGGCCCGAUUUAAUGGUGAAAAAGUUGCGCUAUUAUGCGCGAUUUAUUGUUGUUUGUUUGCUGUUGAAGAAAAUGAAGCUGGUUCGUGAGUUAGUGACGGAGUUGGAAAAACAAAUACAGGAAUACACAACAACUUACGAGCCAGAAGACCAUUUAGAAUGGUCAUUAGUUUUAGAAGAGAUAAAAGGUUUUAUAAAAGCUGAAGCUGCCGUGGCUGUUCUUCAUGCGGAUUCCAAUCCCAUCAUACUUUCACACAGUGGUUCCGGUUCUAGGUUAUCGCCGCUAACGACGCCACCGUGUGAACGUUCGCCCCACAUGACGUUGAGCCUGCAGGAGAUACUCAUUGUAGGUUCGGCGUGCGAGCAGGCGAAGUUCUCCGAGUUAACAAUGGACAUGUUUAGAAUGUUACAAACACUCGAACGAGAACCAACGGAAUCAACACAUCCGAUGAGCAUCACACAUGGCAUGCACGGGCACGAUGCCAGCCCGGCUGCCAGCCGCAUACCACCAUAUGGUGUUCCAGGUUCUAAGGGUUACUUAGAAAAUGGCCGUCAUUAUCGAGACAAUCCUCACAAAUAUUUACUAUACAAGCCUUCUAUUAGUCAACUUCUGGUGUUCUUAGCUAGUGGAUUUAAAGAAUUGCCUCCAGGAGGCGCAUUACUCUUAUAUAUGUCAGCUGAUGGUUGUUUCUCGACUACAAAGCAUCCAGAGGAUUAUGGUUAUGAAUUGGGUGGCCUUGCUACGAGCGUCAAGCGUGAUGGCGUCGAAGGCGGUGGCAUUGCAUGUCGAGGGAAAUCCUACAAGGAGAAUCAUUGCCUAUAUCCCGGCGAUUUGUAUCCCUUCACACGAAGACCAAUGUUCAUUAUCAUCGAUUCGGAUAAUUCAUUUGUCUUUCAGCACAUCCCCCGGUACUUUGGACAACCGUUAGUCAUACUAAUGUCACCGCAAGAUGUGCCGCCCGCAUUUCAAGCUGAUGUGCAACAUCAUGGUUCGCUAUUCACCUUGUUCCUGCAUUCUCCACUAACGGCGCUCUGCUACAUUUGCAAUGUGGGCGAUGUGCCAAUACACCAUUGGGAGCGCUGCCAAUCGCAUGUAGACCGAUUCAUAACAGAGGCAUCAAGACUUGUGACGCGUUGUCGCAUCGAUGAAAUCGAGCAGGGCAUAGGAUUUAUAGACUCAUCGUACGUGCAAUUCUUCGGCGAUGACUUUUUACGUACGCUAAUUUUACGUUUCGUCUUCUGUGAUGUUGUACUGAGAUUGCAUCGUGGCUUUCGUGGACGUCAUAUGAGACCACGAUGCGAGCCACCAUUGCCAUCCAAUGAGUUACUGGAGCAUCCAUCAUUGUCGCAUAUAAUAUUCCAAUUAGCGUCGGGGCUCGAUGUGCGCGGCCAUUUCUCCGAUGGACCCGAAUGCGACUGAUGAUUUCUUAGUAAUAAUAAGUCUUGUAAAAAUAUUUAUUAUUUAAAUUUACUUGUAGUACAUAAAAUAGUUAUUGGUACUUGUACAGCAAUAGUAAAUGGAAUGGGAAAAGAAAAAGGAAAGCAGGCGCGUGUGGAGUGUCGAGUAAUUGUAAAAUUAUUAGGAAUGGAUAUAAAAUUGAAAGCAAAAUUAGUAAAUUUAUUAAUU